CAAUCGCUGAACUCGGCGAUCGAUGCUUGGGGCUGCGUCGCGUCCUCUCCAUGGCGAUGGAGGCGUUCGAGCUGUUCCGAGCGCUGGGCGCCGGCGCCACGUUUGACUGGAAGCGGUUCGGCCGCGACGCCGAGAGGCUGCGGACAACAAAAUCAAACAAUACCAUCUUAAGUGAAAACUCUACAGACCUUGACUUUUUUAAGAGUCGGCAUAUUACAAGGAACAAACCAGUGGAAAGCAUUUCGAAGAGCAGGGGGCAGAAAGAUGGUUCUGAUGGAGAGGGUGAAGAUCUCUGCAUUUCCACAUCCCCAGGAAAAAGAAAACUUGCAAUUAGUGGAUCAGAAAAGAAGAAAAAGAGCAAAAAGGAAGCCAAAGUGGAGACCAAAACAACGUGUGACAUUUUUUCCAAUAUAAAGAAUGAUGAGGACAUUAUCCCUUCACUUGAAAGCAAGACCAAAAAAAGUCAUGGCACAGAACUUAGUGCUGAGCAACGUGAACACCAGCGACGAGAAAAGAUAAAUAAGUUCCGGAGGAAGCAUCGGAUUUACGUGGAUGGGACUGAUAUCCCUGAACCAGUUGCUACCUUUGAGCAACUCAGACAAGAAUAUAAAGUCCACACAAAAAUUAUUCAACAUGUGCAGGAAGCUGGGUUCCAACUUCCUACUCCAAUACAGAUGCAAGCCAUACCCAUCAUGCUACAUAAUCGUGAGAUCCUGGCCUGUGCCCCAACUGGAUCAGGAAAGACAUUGGCUUUUUGCAUUCCACUCUUGACAUGUCUAAAACAGCCAAUGAACAAAGGUUUCAGGGCAUUGAUCUUAGCUCCCACUCGGGAACUUGCCAGUCAGACUCAUCGGGAGUUAGUAAAACUCUCUGAAGGUAUUGGUUUUAGAAUUCACAUGAUCAACAAAGCAGCCGAGGCUGCCAAAAAAUUUGGUCCCAAGACAUCAAAUAAAUUUGAUAUUUUAGUGACAACUCCGAACAGACUGAUUUAUCUGUUAAAACAAGACCCUCCAGCACUGGACCUCAGCAGGGUGGAGUGGUUGGUUGUUGAUGAAUCGGAUAAAUUGUUUGAGGACGGCAAAUCUGGAUUUCGAGAUCAGUUGGCCACCAUCUUCCUGGCCUGUACAUCUCACAACGUGCGGCGAGCUAUGUUCAGUGCCACAUUUGCAAUGGAUGUGGAGCAGUGGUGCAAAUUGAACUUGGACAAUGUGGUUUCAGUGUCAAUUGGUAUAAGGAAUUCUGCUGUAGAGACUGUCGAGCAGGAAUUACUUUUUGUAGGUACUGAAAAUGGGAAAUUGCUGGCAAUGCGAGACCUAAUUAAAAAGGGUUUUUCACCUCCAGUGCUGGUGUUUGUCCAGUCUAUUGAAAGAGCAAAGGAGCUCUUUCGUGAGUUUAUCUACGAAGGUAUUAACGUUGAAGUUAUCCAUGCAGAAAGAACACAGCAACAGAGAGAUAAUGUAGUGUGCAGCUUCAGAGCAGGAAAAAUUUGGGUCCUCAUCUGUACUGCACUCAUGGCUCGAGGUAUUGAUUUCAAAGGAGUGAGUUUAGUCAUCAAUUAUGACUUUCCAACCAGCGCUAUUGAAUACAUCCAUAGAAUCGGACGUACUGGAAGAGCCGGUCACCGAGGAAAGGCUAUUACGUUUUUCACAGAAGAUGAUAAACCACUAUUACGAAGCAUAGCAAAUGUCAUCAAACAAGCUGGCUGCCCUGUACCGGAUUACAUGAUGCAAAUAAAUAAAUUGCAAAGUAAACAAAGGAAAAGGUUAGUCAAAAAUCCAAUCAAACGAGCGACCAUCAAGACCACACCAAAAUACUUCCUAGAAAUGGCAGCCAAAAAGAAAAAAUUGAUUCAGAGGAGCAAGAAGAAAAAAGAGAAAUCCCAGAAACUGACAGCCAUUAGUUCUUAACAAGGUUCCACAGACAGACGAUGCAGUGCUGUUGGAAAUGCUGAAGUUAUCAUACCCAUAUCCCUGUUGUACAAGCUGGUUGAUAGCAGAACAGCUGAUGAGCAGUUGAUUCUGUGGUAAAUGCAUUUAUGCUGAACAAAGUUUUCACUGCUGUUUUGAAAGAAAUAUUUGUUUCUAAAUUUUUUAACGAAUUUUGGAUGUGCUCAAGAGUGCGGUGUCACCUGUAUGUAACUGCAAAAUGGUGGUCUCUUCUAUAUUGUAUGUUUUAAACUGUUUAGAAUUAACAGAUGCUACAGUGUUAUAUUACCAAUGAAGAUGUGAAUUUCACAUACAUUUUUUUCCAAUAGGGAGAAUUGCAGUCUGCAAACUUAAAUUUGUACUUUAAAUUAUUUUAAUAAGAAUUUGUUGUAUGGAAGUUAUUUUAUGAGCAGGUGUAUAGUUGCAGUGAAACUAUGACUCACCUAAUUCAUGACAAAGUUGAAUAGGUGAUUUAUCAUCAAAAUGUCAUAAUUACUUUUCUGAUUUAAGUGUCCAUCAUUACUGUAAGGAGCAAAAUUUGGUUUUAACACUGUUUACAUUAUCUCAUUGUUUGAGAAGGAGUGUAAAAUAAAACUUUGUAUUUCAUAAUUGACAAAUCUCUGGAUAAUGUAUUAUGGUUAAUGCAGGGACAUGAAAAUGAAAGAAUUAAUGAAGCUAUUCUUUUACUACCUCCGAUAUUCCUAGUUGUACUAUACGGCUUUCAAUGAAAAUAUAGUUAUUUAUUCUCAAUGUGGAAUUUAUUUCCCAGCAUUGGUUUCUCUUAAACAACAAAAGUAUCAUCUUGACAGCACAAAUGAGUCAAUUGUGAUGAUGUGGCUCCGAUGUCAUGUGGAAGGCAAUUUGAGUAAAAAGUCUCAGUGAUCAAACAACUUCAGUUACUUUAUUGAAAUUUUCUGCCACUUACACUGUCCAGGCUAAUGCCAGGGAGCCCCUAUAAUAAGCUAACCAUUUUUGCCACCAUUCAAUUUAAGUUAGAGGUAUUAAAUAUGCCAUUUACAAUACCUCAGAUAAUUCAAUAAGCUUUUUGUAUGUUGAAAUGUGAUUAAGUAUUGUUAUCUAUUCACCCCAAGAGCUGAAUGCCUUGCUACAGCAGCAGCACUAUUGCAAAAAGAAAUGAAUUUGCUACAAAUCCUAACUAUUGAAAGAGCUAUCCAUCCCUUAUCUCUUAUUAAUCCUCAAAGAACAGCUGAUUGAAGCUCACUGAAGUCUCCAUUCUCUGUCUGUGUUUGAAGUCUCUGUCAGCUGUUUGCUAAAUGCAGAUUAUCUUUCAGUUUCCAGUUAAAUAACUCAUUCCUUGUGGAGAGACUGGAGAAUUAACACACUGCCAAUCAUCACAUCAAUAUGCAGUCAAUUACUUUAUUACAGUUCAACUGUUAAAAUAGAAUUCCACUUUUACAAACUAACAAUUUUCUUGCUACUUUGGCUAAUUCUAGGGGGUUAUUAUGGUCAAUUUUUUAAUCUGAAGAAAAUUCCUAGCUUUUUAUGUUACAGCUGAAUAUAUGCUCUUUGAAGCCAAUUAUCAAAAUGAAUAAACUGUAGUUUAAGGUAGUGUAAGGAUGGCAUCAUCUGUUCCAAACAUUAUAAUUUUUAAAUUAUAAACCGUCAAAUUAUAGAUGUGUUACAAAUUCCCUUCACUAAGCAUCAAUCUGCAACUAUUGCUUCCCAACACUAGCCAACUUUGGUAAAUCUAAUAUAAAUUAGCAGCAAUCCCUUGUCAGAGAGAAAAUGGGUGCUAUUGCUAUGGUCUGAAGUUCUGAGUCUAUAUACUAAGACUGCAAAAAGUGUUGCAGAAAGAGGAGGCUUUGUUCCUUGAACUUCAUUAGAACAGUGUAGAAAAUGGAAACAAAAAAAUCAGAUGCAACAAAAACUCAGUGGGUAGUGAAAUGCAGCCUAGUCAUGUGCAUGAAAGACCAAGGUGCUCACAAUAUGGUCAAAUAAUCUUUGUUUGGCGGAUAUAAUGUAGAGGAACCUAGAGAGUGGGUGGUGCACAGUUUAUUGUAGGUCAAUACACGUGAAUCGUUAGAGCUUAGCACUGAAAGGCAUACUGAAAGUCAGUACAAGAAAAACGUUCCUAUGCAAUUGUCUUGCUCUCAUGCUUCCAGACAUCAGCCAGCUCAAGUUUUAACACCAGUUCUCGAGUUGUCAAAUGUAUCUCAGCUGAAAACACUUACAAUGAGUGAUCAAUGCAUUGGCCUUUUAUUACUUUAUGAUGUAUAAAGUAAUGCAUAAGUAGUAGAGUAAAAAGUGUACUUGAUCAUGUAUUUUCCACACAGGUAUUUUUCUUUGUAAGGAAUAUGUAUAAUUUACUGAAGUUGAGCUAUAAAGUAUUUUGUUUCAUGACUUGUUAUUUGAACUCUGCAGAGCAAGGCUGAGUCCACACACAAAGCACUACAUUUUUUUUAAGAUAAGAUGUACCUGCCUUGGAGGUAAAGCAAAUAAAUUGUAUUCAGUACUGGAUAAGAUGCUGUGAUACUUUUGACUUACCUUGAGCA